UAGGGGUCAGAGGUCAGCGGGCGAUCAGACUGUGGGCCAUGGCGUCCGGGGCCCUGACGGUGCCCCUCAUCGCGCUCAGCGUCUUCUGGGGGGUGGUCGGCGCCGCCCUGCCCUGGGUCGUCCCCAAGGGACCCAACCGAGGUGUCAUCAACACCAUGCUGGUGACCUCUGCCGUCUGCUGCUACCUCUUCUGGCUGAUUGCAAUCCUGGCCCAGCUCAAUCCCCUGUUUGGACCCCAGCUGAAGAAUGAAACCAUCUGGUAUCUCCAGUAUCACUGGCCUUGAGGAGGAGGGAGGAGGACGGCCUCCCGGGCUCACGGUGAACUAGGGAAGGUCAUCCCUCUACCUGCGAGAGGACCAGAGACUGCCUUAACCCACCUGCCUUAAACGUAGUACUCAACUGGAAAUGCCUUACUAAAAUAGUCCACUGUUUUCUCUCUCCUACAUUUUUACACUUUCAGAGCCCCUCGUCUGUUUAAACUGUGAGUGUGCACGCACUUCCCUCCGCGGCACGGGGAGGCUUCUUUUAGUGAAUUGUCAGGGCGUGCGACCCUUCUACCCCCAGGAACUCUGAGUUAUCAGCCGAUGCUCUCUUCUCUCCCUCCCUGUUUUGAGGAGUGUGACGGGCACAGCGCUUGCCCACUGACUUCCAGCCACCCAACCCACGGCAGCCCCUGGGGUCGGGGCAGCAGACGGGGAGGAAGGGUGGAAUUUUCCCCCACACUGCUUUUUCAGGAGGAUUUUGAUCUCCUAAUUUCUGCCUUCACCUUUUAGAAUAAAAGAUGUUUCUACUUUGUCGGGA